AAACACUCAUUGUGGUUGUGCUGGGCUGCAGGGAUUGCAACAUCAACCGUCCUGUUGCUACCACUCAGAUGUGAUCUCACCAAUGUCUCACUUGAGAGCUGAGGAAGACUACAUGUCAGACAAACAAAUACACCUGUUGGUCUUCUCUGAGUAGAAAAAUAAACACUGGACUAAUGGGGGAUCUAAGGCAGAAGAUGGGGGUCAUGUCACAGACAAUAUGCCCUAGUUCACGGGCUCCGUCUGACGAGGACUUAAAGGCCCCAAAUAAUGGGAAAGAAGAGAAAAUGCAAAUGAAGAGAGAAAUCUCCCUCAUGAAUGGAAUCUGCCUCAUUGUCGGCAACAUGAUUGGCUCUGGGAUCUUCGUCUCACCGAAGGGCGUACUUAUGCACAGUGGCUCUUACGGACUGUCGUUGCUCAUUUGGGCCAUUGGAGGCAUCUUCUCAGUGUUUGGGGCUUUGUGCUACGCAGAGCUCGGCACCACCAUCACCAAGUCUGGAGCCAGCUACGCCUACAUCCUGGAGUCGUUUGGAGGCUUCCUGGCUUUCAUCCGCCUGUGGACGUCCAUCCUACUUAUAGAGCCGGCCAGCCAGGCUGUGAUUUCACUGACCUUCGCCAACUACCUGGUGGAGGCUUUCUACCCCACCUGCCAGGCACCAUACGAUUCUGUCCGGCUUAUUGCUGCAGCCUGCCUCUGUAUACUCAUCUUCAUUAACUGUGCCUAUGUGAAGUGGGGGACUCUGGUCCAGGACAUUUUCACUUAUGCCAAACUCAUGGCACUCUUCCUCGUCAUCAUUGUAGGAAUCCUGAAAAUAUCCUCUGGAGCAACAAAGAGCUUCGAGAGCCCAUUUGAGGGCUCCUCCACAGAUCCUGGAGCCAUAGCUUUGGCCCUCUACUCAGCUCUCUUCUCCUACUCCGGCUGGGAUACACUCAACUUUGUCACUGAGGAGAUUCAGAAUCCAGACAGGAAUCUACCCCUGGCCAUUGCCGUUUCCAUGCCUAUAGUGACCAUCAUUUACCUGCUGACCAACGUGGCGUACUAUGUGGUUCUGGACAUGCCGUCUCUACUGGCCAGUGACGCUGUCGCUGUGACAUUUGGAAAUGCAGUGCUGGGUCCUUUCAAGUGGAUCAUCCCUGUUUCAGUGGCCAUGUCCUGCUACGGAGGACUCAAUGCUUCUAUCAUUGCUGCCUCGCGGUUGUUUUUCGUCGGGGCCAGAGAGGGCCACCUCCCCGACAGUCUGAGUCUGAUUCACAUGGAGCGCUACACACCUAUACCUGCACUGCUGUUCAAUGGGUUAAUGGGUCUGAUCUUCCUGUGUGUGGAGGACGUGUUCCAGCUCAUCAACUAUUUCAGCUUCAGUUACUGGCUCUAUGUGGGUCUGUCUGUGGCCGGCCUCAUCUACCUGCGCAUCACUCAGCCAGACAGACAUAGGCCUGUGAAGUUGACCUUGUUCUUCCCCUUCAUCUACUGUCUGUGCAGCCUGUUCUUAGUCAUUGUCCCUCUGUAUUGGGACACCAUCAAUUCUCUCAUAGGAAUUGGCAUUGCACUGUCAGGAGUGCCGGUCUAUUAUGUGGCCAUUUACCUGCCUAAGGAGAGGAGGCCCAAAUUCAUACACAAGCUGAACGCCUUUGCCACCAGAUUCACCCAGAUGCUGCUCUACUGCUGCCUGACUGAAUUCGACACUGAGACGGACGCGCAAGCAGGCGGUAAAACUCAGUGAGUUGCAGACAAAACCCCGUCACUCAGCAGCCAGCUUUCUGCUGGAGGCCUCAGUCCUGUCCGAGUGUUGACGUUCAUGCUCCCCGAACGCAGAAAAACAAGGCCUUUCAUGGACAGAGUGACGAGAUGCAGGCUCACAGCCUUUGUAAGGAUUACUCCUGCCAGCUCAAAUGACUCACAACGAAGGAGCGGGCCACAGAAACUGCAAACUGUUGCUUUCUUCCAAAAAUGCUACUUUUCUACAGAGAUUAAGGAAUGUCUUCUAUGAGGAUUUAAUAAAACUAUAGAAAAAAUAUGUAGCCCACAUUUUAUUUUGUAGAUUUGUGUGAAGAUGUAAACUGAUUACACUUGAUCAUCUUCAAUAAGUAUGUCUAAUGCUCUUAUCAACUAAUUCAUACGGUAGAUUCCAUAUUUAUAUGUGAAUAACAAAUCAAACACGAUCAAAUAGUCCAUUUCAACCAAUAUUCUAGGAUUGGUUUCUGAGCAGCAUGUUUCAUAAAUAUAACUUCAUAAUCACCUUGAGUGUAUUUCAGUGUUUCUGCUGUUAAGUAAGAAUUUAUUUAGACCAUUUUAAUGAUUCUCAUUAAACCACAACCUACAGACAUUACACUGGCUGAUCUGACUGAUCUGGUUGGUCUGCAGGCACUGGGUCAUGCUACGUUUGCACUGACUUGUUAUUUCAGAGUAGGUUUUAUAGGCAAAAGACUUCCUGCUACUUAGUUAUAACUCACUCACAAACUCACUCAUUUAGCAGCCUCUCCACAAGGGGGAGCUCUGUUUUUGUUCCUUGUAUUUAUUGGAAAACAUCCAGAUAAUGUGUAAAAUAAAGGUUAAACUUUCCUUUUAA